UUCCACCAUCGGAAGGCGCUUGGUCACCGGAAGUUCUGGCACCGCCAUCUUGUUAUACGGAAACAAGUUGUUCUUGUCGCUUGAUCGAAAUGUUUUGCGAUACAUAAGCGGUGUCGCCUGGUUUUCGUACAUUCGUCUAUAAGCCGUAACUUGCAGCGUGUGGUUUCGUAUUUAUUUCAGAUCCGUGCCCGGUGGACGUGUGGUUGCAAGCGCCAUGUUGUUGUACGUCAUGUCGACCCCCUCAGGGUAGCGUUGAACCGUUCAGAGUGGAAGGGUGACUGCGAUGCCAUGUUGUUGUACGGAUGCUUGAUCCUUGUUGUUGCCCCUUAACUGGGGCACGUGUUUGAUCACUACGCUGACAGAGAUCUAUCUUUAAAAUGGUGAUAUCUUGUUCAGCUCAUUCCUGUGCCAACAGGCAGGGUAAAGUAGCUAAAUCAAUCUCAUUCCACAGAUUCCCUAUGAAAGAUGCCAAACGUUUGGCAAAAUGGAUUGCUGCUGUUGGGCGGACUGACUGGAGACCAACCAAGUUUUCCUUCUUGUGCAGCACUCACUUCACCAAGGACAGCUUUCAGAAGCGUCAGGCGGACCAGCAUCAUCGACUCAAAUUCAAUGCUGUUCCUUCCAUCUUCCACUUCUCAGAAAACCAGAAGAAAGCGGACGGUGGACGCAUUUAUUGCCGGGGUGCAGCCAAAAUACAGCUGGCUCCAGUCAAUCAGGAAAGGACUUCCAGUGGUUUCUUGGCCUCUGAAGUACUGGAUGAUGAAACAACUGAGCUCCUGAAACCCAAUUUUGUAACUGUGGACAGUGAACAUGUGCUUGAGAGAGUUUCUGUGUUGGGUGAAAGUUGUGCCACUUUCCAAUCUUCGUCAGUGGCAGGUGAACCAGUUGUGUGUACAGUUGCUGAACAGCAGUGCACUCUGAAGUCUGAUGGCAGCCAGGCCCCUGUUACUGAAAGACUGCUAAUUGAUGGCACUGUUCCACUUCCCGAUGAUGCUACCCCAUCUGCCUCUGGUGCAUGUAAACUAAUCAAUUCAUUGCACUCAUAUUGCUUAUCUCCACCACACAGUAUGUUCCUCAAAGAUCAAGAUCAAGUCAUGAAAAAGAACACCAAACUCAAACACCUGAGACAGCAAAGCAGUCGGGUUGUGAAACGAGUAAAACGACUAGAGGGGUUGAUCUGUAAACUUCAGGAAACCAAUUCCACACUCAUAAGGUGCUUUUUGCCUCAGGAUAAUGUUGUUCAUUUGAACCCAGCUGUUGAGCCACUCUCUUGGAUGUUGGGAAACUGGAUUUCUGAGCCCCUGGGGGAAGGCUGUUACCCAACCAUCAAACCUUUCAAAUACAUGGAGGAAGUCCAGAUCACGCACGUAGGACAACCCAUGCUGAACAUCUCAUUUAACGGUUUCAAUCCUGAAACUAAGAAGCCAAUGCAUAGAGAGUGUGGCUUUAUCAGAAUCAAGCCUGGCACUAACAAGGUGGCAUUCAUCAGUGCCCAAAACACAGGUAUUGUGGAAAUUGAAGAAGGUGAAGUGAAGGAUCAGGAGCUGACACUAGCUUCUCAGUCUGUAGCUCGAAUGUCCUUUGCAAAAGAGCCUCAUGUCCAGCAGAUUACACGGACAUUCAGACUUACAGAAGAAGGGAAGUUGGAGCAAACCGUUUUUAUGGCAACUAAUCAACAGCCCCUAUUACAGCAUCUUCACAUAACAUACAGACAGAGUUCAUUACACAAAUUCAUGUAACAAACAUCUUUGGCUCCAAGCACCAGAUGCACUGACUGUUCUAUACACUCACCAUUUAUACUGCAGCCUCAUCUUGUUAAACUUUAGAGGCUGGAGAUUUUAAUUUUAGAUUCUUAUAAUGUAUUGCACAACAGCAGUAACCUAAUUGCAAAUUACUGUUUGUUGAAGUUUAUUGAUUGCUGUUGACUUCAUGGGAUGUUAUGAUAAUCAGGGAAACUUUUAGAGAUGUUCUUCUUUGCUUUGUCUCCCUUGUUGAGCAAGAUUCAUGUUCUUUUUGUAAGUAAUCAAAAAUCAAGUUAUAAAUGGAAAACUCAGAAGCAUCAACCAGACGUUUCAAUCUGCUAGAUUACAUCUGCCCCAAUGAUGCUCCCCUUUUUUUUAAACUGGAUAAGUUUUCUCUCUUUCCUGGACCUGUUGUCUUGUUUCACACAGUGUUCCCAUCUGAGGGAACAGCAAGUGACCCUGUCCUGAUCUCGCCACACUGCAAUCAGCUUCUUGGAGGUUGUGAACGGAAUUGAUGCUUUUCAAGUGGACAUCACUGCACCUGAGCACAUAAUCUAAGAUGAUUUCACUCUUGGCGUGUUGUUAAGUGGGACUAACUGACUCCUACCAGAAAAGCAUGAGCUGUAACUACCCAACAGUUUUGACCAUUUACCUUGUGAUUUUUGCCAUGUUAAAUCACGUGCCCAAGCUUUUAACUAUUCUUCCCUGGAAAUGUAUUGAGAUGGACCUUUGAGAAACCCACCCAGCUGAUACAUAAACUGUUGUAAAACUUGAAAAUUAAAAAUGACAAAUAUUUCA